GUUUUAUUUUGUGGGCUACAGCAGACGGAUCCGGAUACCUCUUUGUCCUCUUCUUCUCCCUCAUUCUUUCUUUUCCUCUUCUCUUCUUCUCCACUCCUCCUUUGACCCUUGACCCUUAAUCCUUGACCAUUCACCAUUAACUCUUGUUCCUGUCCACUGUCUCGCUGCGCUCCUCUCUGAUUCGCUUCUUUUCUGUACCUGGAUCCCACAGCGGGUUUUACCGCAAGCCAACCAACUGACUUCACAGAACCAUUCGAUAAACCACAGCCGUCCUUUACACCGCGGGACUAUUGAGUCAGCAAGAAAGCACACACAACAUUAUCAUGUCUAGUACAAAUACGCAAACCACAAAUGCCUCCAUCAGCACCUUCACCUCUGCCUUGCUCUUCAACGCAGCUGUUGGUGCCGGUGUCUUUGUCGCCUUUAGCAUCGUUCGUCACUGGAACAAGAAAGUCUACCAGCCCAGGACAUACCUCGUCAGUGAAAAUGUGAGAUCCCCAGAAUUGCCUAAAGGCCCCCUCAGUUGGAUAUCGGCCUCAUUUUCAGUCCCGGACCAUGUCCUUGUGGAACGCAUCGGCCUGGAUGCGUACAUGUUCCUACGCUUCUUAAGAAUGGCUGCCAUCCUCUUCUCCGGAUUUUCUUUGUUGGCCAUCCCUAUUCUCAUUCCACUCAAUGUCAUCAACAGUGGCAAUGCGACCGGACAGGAUACCAAUGGCACCAACGAUACCGUUGCGACCGGACUGGAUACGAUGACACUUGCAAAUGUCAAAGCGAGCUGGCGUCUCUGGUUUCACCUUGUGCUGACCAUCCUCUUUUGCGGAGCGACAAUCGCCAUGUUGUGGAAAGAAAUGCAAGAGUACACCCGCCGUCGUCAUGCCUAUCUGAUGAGUGAGAAGCACGCAAAGACUCCUCAGUCGACGACAAUUCUGGUCACUGCCAUCCCUAGCGAACUUGAAACGGAGGAAUCCCUGUACAACAUUUUCAACCGCUUCCCUGGAGGCGUGCGUUCGAUCUGGUUGAACAGGGACCCGAAAAAGUUGGCUGCACUGUGCAAGGAGCGCGAUGCAACGGCAAUCAAAUUGGAGACAGCCGAGUACAACUACAUUCGGUCGGCCUACGGCCAAAAGAACAAAAAGGAUCCGGAAGUCAAGGAGCCCCAGCGUCCCAUCGGCAGGACAUCGAGCAUUCCCUUUGUCGGACCCAAGGUGGACUUGAUUGAUUUUUAUACUAAACGACUUUCGGAGCUUAACCACGAGAUCGAAACGCUUCGUCAGGGUGGCUCGCCCACCUCACUCAACUCGGCGUUCAUCCGGUUCCACACCCAAUUCGGCGCUCACAGUGCAGUCCAAACCGUCGUGCACCCAACACCGUUCCGCAUGGCUCCCAUGUAUGUCGAGGUCUCCCCGCUGGAUGUUGUGUGGGACAACAUGAGCCUUGAUACUAUCAACAAGAAGGGACGUACCUUUAUCUCCUUGGCUGCAGCCACUGCGCUCAUUCUUCUGUGGUCUUUCCCAGUCCUGUUCGUGUCAGGUAUUGCCAACAUCGAUGCCCUGAUCAAGCUCCUGCCGUUCCUGUCGUUCCUCAAGAGUCUGCCAACCAAAGUCCUUGGUAUCAUCCAGGGUAUUUUGCCUCCACUUUUUUUGGCCAUCCUAAUGGCGCUCCUGCCCGUAGUCCUGACUAUGAUGUCGACGUUCGAGGGCCAUGUGCGACACAGCGAUAUUACUCUUGCUCUCAUGUCCAAAUACUUUUUCUUCCUUAUCGUCAACGUCCUGCUCCUGUCGACCUUGUCUGGAGGAAUCAUCAAUAUGUUCAAGGAGCUCAACGAAGGAAACUUUAGUUUCACCCAGAUCGUCAACAUUCUCGCGGGAAGUUUGCCAAAAGCCUCGACGUUCUUCGUGACAUAUGCCCUUCUCCAGGGUCUAACCGGACCAAUGAUGGAGCUGCUGCAGAUCGCGCCGUUUAUCCUCAACAUUUUGUUCACUAAGCUGCUCGCCAAGAGUCCUCGCCAGAUCUGGAACGUUCAGGGUCGCCUCAACUCUGUGAACUACGGCAUUCUCUUCCCGCAGAUGAUUCUGAUGUUCUGUAUCGGCAUCCUGUACUCAACCUUGGCGCCUCUGAUCCUGCCCUUUGUCACGUUCUUUUUCACGAUGUUUUACUUCGUCUACCGCCACCAAUUCCUGUACGUGUAUAUGCAGCCGGUCGAGACGGGUGGUCUAGCCUUUCCGCUCGCGGUCAAGCAAGUCUACGCUGGCAUUUUCAUCUUUGAGGUGACAGUAUUCGGAAUCUUCUUGGGAAAGAAAGCCGCAAUGAACACCACUCCGCACCUUGUCCUUUUACUUCUCCUGAUUGUCGCCACGGCUAUCUCGUUGGUCAACUUGAAACAAGCUUAUAAUCCACUGAUCACCUAUCUGCCUGUCGCUCUCUUCUCCAAGGAUCUGGAGAUGGACAAGAAUGGCAUUGUCAAGAAUAACGGAAGCAGGUCUGCUCUUACUGUGGCCGUGCAGGAUGAAGAGGCAGCCAUCGGAGAGAAGGGAGAGAAGGGAUCAGUCGUUGCGCUGGAUACUUUUCCAGCGGGAAGGCAAGACAGGUACACUGAAAAGCCAUCCAUGCUCGGUGUGGGCAAACAAGAGUACGAUGAGACCGCAGAGGUAUCGUCUUGCAUGCCAGCUGUACCAACACCCAAUCCUUCCGAAAUCGAUGCCGCCUCGUUCACUCGGCAUUCGCUCCACCCAUCCAUGCACCCGUCCGCCGAUGUUCGCAGAGAUAGACCUGUCUCGUUUGUGGCUAGUACUCACGAAGACGUUGCCGCGCAGUCGAUCCAUGAGGACGAAGACCCGGAGCUGAGACGGUUGCAGGAGCAGGCCUACUGCCACCCUGCCAUCUAUAGUCAACAGACCCCAAUUUGGCUGCCCGUGGAUGAGCGAGGAUUGGUCUCGCAGGAGAGCUCCAGGCUGGCGAACGAGGGCAUCAUUGUGGCGACGACAGGAGCGGGAUUGGAUCCCCUCACAGCCAAGGCCAAUGUCAGUGGCAUUGUCUAUGCGCCAGGCGAGGAGACGCGUUACCGUCUCGAGCGCGGCAUGUAAAAGUCGUGUUCUUUAGGAGGACUGAACUAUUUCGGCAUCGAACCCACUCUAUCGUGAUCUAAUGCAGAUAUAAUAAACGAAAGAUAUUCGUCGUUCCUGAACGAUGUACACCCCCAUCUUCUGAAGGUGAGCGAACAAAGAACUGAUCGCAUGUAGAUCGCCACCCAAAAACACCACGAUACCUGGCAAGCAAUUACUGCGUGCCUCUUGUAGUUUAAAACAUUUUGAACAUUUGCGGCCUCCAAAAGUAAAAAUAAAAAAAUAUC